CCGCCCGCCCGGAGACCGGCGAGGCAGCGCCCGGCGGCGGGCGGGAUAAUGCGGCUGCCCAGCCCGCAGGCACCGCCAGCGGGGCACCCCCGCCGCCAUGUCCCCCCCGGCCUCGGCCGCCGCCACCAGCGAGGGAGGCAGCAGCACGCCGGUGCCUCCGGAGGAGGAGGCGGACGGGGCCCGAGAGGAGGUGAGGAAGGAGAGCGGCCGCCCCCCCCAGGGCUGCUCCCCGCCACCCUCCCUCCUUCCCUCUCCGCCCGCUUUGCAUGGCGCGUUCAUUGACUGCCCCGCCGCGGGCCGGGCUUUGCCCGCACAGCAGCGGCCGGUGAAGCAGUCUCUCAGCAAGUCCCUGUGCCGAGAGUCCCACUGGAAAUGCCUGCUGCUGUCCCUCCUCAUGUACGGCUGCAUGGGAGCCAUGACCUGGUGCCACGUCACCAAGGUGACCCGUCUUACGUUUGACAGCGCCUACAAGGGCAAGUCCAUGAUGUACCACGACAGCCCCUGUUCUAACGGCUACGUCUACAUCCCUUUGGCCUUCCUGGUGAUGCUCUACGUGGUGUACCUGGUGGAGUGUUGGCACUGCUACACCCGCAAUGAGCUGCAGUACAAAGUGGACGUGGAGAGCGUGCACGAGCGCGUGCAGCGCAUGCAGCAGGCGACCCCCUGCAUCUGGUGGAAGGCCAUCAGCUACCACUAUGUUCGCAGGACCCGGCAGGUUACCCGCUACCGCAACGGGGAUGCCUACACCACCACGCAGGUGUAUCACGAGAGGGUCAACACCCAUGUGGCAGAGGCCGAAUUCGAUUAUUCCAACUGUGGAGUUAAGGACAUCUCCAAGGACCUCAUUGACUUGGAGAGCUACCCGGCCACGCGGCUCCGCUUCACCAAGUGUUUCAGCUUUGCCAACGUGGAGUCAGAGAACUCCUACCUGACCCAGCGGGCCCGCUUCUUCACGGAGAACGAGGGCUUGGAUGACUACAUGGAGGCCAGGGAGGGCAUGCACCUCAAAAACGUGGACUUCAAGGAAUACAUGGUGGCCUUUUCCGACCCAGACAACCUGCCUUGGUAUGUAUCCCACUAUGUCUUCUGGGUGGCGGCUCUGCUGACCCUAUCCUGGCCCCUGCGGGUGCUAAAUGAGUACCGCACCUCCUAUGUCCAUUACCAUGUAGAGAAACUCUUUGGGUUCGACUACGUGGCGGUGACACCGGCCGAGGAGCGCUCCUUCUGCCGGAGGAUGCCCCGCGUCAACACGGUGGACAGCACUGAGCUGGAGUGGCACAUCCGAUCCAACCAGCAGCUGGUGCCCAGCUACUCAGAAGCGGUCCUGAUGGACUUGGUGGGGCUCUCUGGCUGCACCAGCUACUCUGCUUGCCGGUACGGGGGCUACCGGCAGAACUGUGAGCGGUGCCACAGGACUAUAAGCAGCUCCUCCAUCUUCUCCCGCAGUGCCCUGAGCAUCUGCAACGGCAGCCCCAGGAUCCCCUUCAGCAGCAGCCGCUUCUCCCUGGGCCGCCUGUACGGCUCCCGGCGCAGCUGCCUCUGGCAGAGCCGGAGCGGGAGCCUCAAUGAGCAGAGCUGCCCCACGGAGCAGACCCGCCUCUCCAGCCAGGUGACUGUGGAGGAGGAAGACCCCCCUCCUUACCAGGACGCCCUCUACUUCCCCAUCCUCAUCGUGCACCGCAAUGAAGGCUGCCUGAACCACGACCACCGUCACCUCCACCGCAACGGGUCCUGCGUGGAGACCUCACUGUGAAAGCCGAGGCCGGUGAGAUCUCAUUGUCACUGCCUGGCUGGAGCCAGUGCAGGAUUUGGGGAGGGGAGCGCAGGGGAGGCAGAUGGCCUAGGAGGACAUCAGGAUGGAGCGGAUGGAGCUUCUCGCUCCUGCAGCCAGCAAAAGCUCCUCACACCAUAGCCCUGACCUCCCGGAGGGGAGAGUGCUGAUGCUCCCCCUGACAUGGCACAGAACUCUAGACCGACCAUCACAUGCAAAAAACAAAAGAACCCAAACCAACCCCAACACUGUAAUUCAUGGCAUCAAGAUCCAAAGGGGGGAAUAAAAAGACAGGCCUGAUGCAAGGAGGAGGGUGCUUCGGCUCCCAGCCCUGGCUCCAGGCUCGCUCGUGCUCCGAGGAACCAGCAGCCACCGGGAAGCGCCCUGCUGCACCUCUGCCCACCCCGCUGCCCAUGCUGGAGUGACACCCCUCACAGGGUGCAAGGGAACAGGUCCCUUGGGAGCGGCAUGUCACUGCCUGUGCCUACUGGUCUGGGGCAUCCAGGCAUGUGGAGCUGAGUGACAAGGUUAGAACAAAGUCUGAAAGCCACAAAUCCAGCUCUUCCCCUUCCCCCUGUUCCCACCCUCCCCACUGUUUUUAGACCAUGCUCCGACUGUUACUCUGUGCUCACUGCUGGGAAUGGCACCACCUCCAGCGGAUCCCAGGCUCAGCUCCUUAGGAAUCUUCAGCACGCCAGUGCUGAGAGUCAGCAUCCCCGAGGUAAAGGGCUUUCUCUUUGGGAUUACAGCAGGCAGGCAGCACCGGGGAAGGGAUGAAUGUGCGAACCCAGAUGGAGUGGAGACCUGCGGCGCUUCUGAUCUGUUUGCUGGAGGAGAGCUCAGCUGGAAAGAGAAAAUGGGAGGCCCCUGCUGAGCUGGGGAAUGGGGAGAGGAUGGCACUGGAACAGGCAUCGUGGUAGUAAGUGGCACAUCAAGUGGCCGAGGUCCCUUCCUGGCUUUGAAGUGAGUCCUAAUUGGUUCCGACAAGCAUCGAGGAAGGUUCUGCUGCUCUGCCAAGGGAAAUGUUAUGCCCAUGGAUGUGAUCUCGUCGACUCCCUCAAAAGCAAGACAACAAGAAGACUGACCUCCACCACACUGGGAGAGGAGCCUUGUCCCACAGGACUACAGCCUUUCCGCAUAGGAGGGAAGAGGUCCCAGGGACAGAACUGAACCUGCAAGAUCCGUGGCCUCCCCUUCCUCCUUCCCUCCUCACCUCUGUCUGUCCUGGGGGAGGGACCGUUUCUUGUGGAGGUCAGCAAGCUCCUCUUCCUGCAGCUCAUAAACGGGCUCUACUAAGAGGUACAUCAUCCACCUAUGCAACACUUCCAGAAGCUGCCAAGUUUUCAGGAGCCCAUUGCAAUGUGCAGCAUGGCCAUCCAGCACUGAGAAUAAGCACAGUGGCUGCUGGAAAGCUAAGUGGGUUUUAUUCCUCCCCCCACCAAGGAAGACUGUUUUUGUUGGGCCUUUUUCUUCGUUUGUUUCGGUUUUGAUAACUUCAUUUGGGAAAACUAAGCUUGUGAGAAAUUGGUGCCCAUCCUGAACUCUCCCUGGUCCUUUGAACUUUGGGAAUGGAUGGAUCCCCUACUGUGAUUAUAAUCUAGCGGAUUUUGUAGAGCAAAGUAACUUCACACACAGACACAUGAGGUUCUUUCACUCUCCAUCAGCACAAGUUGCUUCUGUGGUCUUAGCUACUCACAUUAGUGAAAGAAAAAGCCUAGCUAGAAUGUGGUGAGAUGACUUAGUAUUUUGUAUCAGUCCCAUGGUCCCAAUGUCCAUUAGCAGCACUGUCAGCAGCUGUGCCAUGAAUUCAGGCUUUGAAUGGCAGUCCAUGAACCAGUCAGGGUGGAAACAUUUGGAAAAGCCCAAGCCUGAGUCUGUGCCUGUCUCCAGAGGCAGCAGCAGAGAGAGGAUCAGCUGAAAGCAGGCAUCACCUCCUGCUCAGCCACACUAGAGGCUGUUGGGCUCUGUCUGUGUUGCACCUUCCCUCCCAGGAUGAGCCUGUCCCCAGGGGCUGAGCAGAGGAGAAGGACAGUGAUUGUAUGUCUGACCAGGCAGCAUGCAAGCACCAUUCAGCAGGCUGAGGGAAAAGUGGUGACAGCUGGAGCCCAAAAUGACAGGGUUUCAUAUUUGAAAUGCCAACGGCUCUUUCAAACUUAGGUGAGACCAAAAGGCCUUAACAGUGGUGAGAAGUGUUCCAGGUUGCUGUUCUUUCUUGCUGGAAAAAACAGAUCUUUGAUGAUGAG